CAUGCGAAAUAAACUUCCGGGCUGGCGUCACCACUGGCGAAAAGGAUGCGCAUCAGGUAUCCUAGCAACGGUAUGUUUGCGGUGUCCUUGUUCAAUUGCAUUUUCUGUCAUAAUAACGUUUCUGCGUGCUGAUAAAAUGAACAAAGUAGUAUUACAGUCUGACCGCAUUGCUGCUGCAAGCCUAGAGAAACGGCGGACCAGAGAGCUUCAACGAAAAGAAAGGAUUUUCAACGAAAGAGUCCGAACGAUUGGAGUUGAUAUAGAUGCUCUAGAUUUCCAAGUGAAGGAAAGAAGAGAUAGAGAAGAUCAAGAGGCAGAAAUUCUGAAUGCAUAUGCCACAGAUCUUUUGUGCCAUGAUCGGGCAGCUUGUGUCCUGGAGAGCAGAGAGUCCAGGGACAGGCGGCGCCUGGAGGAGACCGUGCAGCAUUUCCGGCAGGUCUUCCAGCAGCCCACAAGCCGGCGGGAGUUCGACCUGAACGACCCCGACCUGCUGAAGAAGCAGGAAGGGGGUCAGGUGCUGCAGGGGCUGGCAGGAGAGGACCCGGACUGGAAGGACCGAGUAAAGAGGCAGCAGGAACAGCUCAGAGAGUGGUCCUUACAACAGCAGCGUGAGCUGGAGCUAGCCAGGCAGCAACAAAGACAAACAGAUCAGCAAUAUGACCAGAGCAGAGUUGCCCUGGACAGCAGAACCAUUGAGCUGCAGAAGAUCCAGGAGCAGAGGCAGAGAGCCUUAGCUGUCGCAACAAAGGACUUCAACUUGACAAAGGCGGUGGAGGUGGCAGAGCAGCGGCAAAGGCAGUGGCAGCAGGAGGAAGAGGACAACAUCGUGGAGAUCCAGAACCAGCUGCAGACGCUGGAGCUGAACCAGGGGCCGGAGGGGAGUGCCAGCGUGCUGGGCCUGGCCCGUCUGUGGCUCAACAAGGGCCUGACCGCUGAGCACCAAAAGCACAUUAUCGACUUCCAGCUGCAGCAGGCGGAGGAAAAGAGGAGGGCCAGCAUGGCGCAGCGGCAGCGGGAGCUUCAGCUGGAACAGAGCCGCGUGGCCUCGGCUCGAACCGCGCUGUUGCUGGAGAGGCAGCAGGCCCGCACCACCAGGCGGCUGCGCCGCGACAUGGACAACACUAACGCUCAGCUGGCCGAGGCCCAGCUCCAACAGAAAAAGUACCUUGAGAAAACCCUGAACUCCAAUGCUCCUGAUGAACGCUACUUCACCCAGUUUAACACCAGCAGCCGAUAAAAACAACUUUCGGUGGCUACAAUCUACAGUAUGCCUCUACACUGCACCUGCUAUCAGGAAGAAUUCUGUAUGGACAUUAUGUGGAUGUAAUAUGUGAAGCAGGGAUCAGGCCUAAGACAUAAUCGACUGUGUUUUGGGUUAUCUCAAGCUUUGUCGUAUUAUGAGGGUUUCUAAAUGAAAUAUAAAUAUAAUGAAAUAAAAAACAGCUGAACUACUCAUUGAUUCCAGUAAUACUGGUCCUCUUGGGGUAUAUUUUAACAUAAUAAAAACCGCUGUCUUGCUGAGCCUAACGGCAGGUAAAGCUUGAUCUGGAUGGAUUUAUCGGAACAGUAGGACAGCCAAGUGGGUUUGAAUGAAAAUAAACAUUUCUUCUACCAAUACAAUCACA